AUGGCUGCAGUUGGGCCAGAUCAGAACUAUGAGACUGUGACCUCGCUGGGGUUUCCAGUUUUCAAACCCUAUGUGAUCUCCCAGCUGGAAGGAGGGGAAGAGCCGUGGGUCCUGGAUCUCCCUGGUUCAGAGGAAAGCGAGAUCCUGAGAAGUCCCUGCACAGAUGAGGAACCAUCAAAUCAACCCAGAAACUGUGACGGGGUGGUGAGGGAGAACGAGGAGCAGAAUCCUCACCAGGAAGAUGCUGAGCUAGCCAAAGCGGAUGGGGAAUUACUGCGAAGAUCUAAAGGGAAUGUGUCCAGGUGCCAUGAGCUGGGAAAAGCUGGUGAAAGUUACCACAGACCAGAGAGAGAGCAGGAAAACCACUCAGAGGAGAGAGUGGAUGAACCCAUUAAUUGUCAGGGAACUCACAAGGAUUUCAAAGAAACUACAUCACAGGAGAAAAUCCUCACAGAAAAGAAAGAGAAUACAUGCAGUGAGUGUGGGAAAAACUUCAAUUAUCGCUCAGCCCUUAUUCGACAUGAGAUAAUCCACACGAAAAAGAGACCCUACGAAUGCUGUGAGUGUGGGAAAAGCUUCAAUCAUACCUCAGCCCUUAUUAGACAUCAGCGAAUACACAGAGGAGACAGACCUUAUAAAUGCUGUGAGUGCGGGAAAAGCUUCACUCAGAGCUCAGACCUUUCUGCCCAUCAGAGAAUCCAUACGGGGGAGAGACCCUAUGAAUGCAGGGAGUGCGGGAAAAGCUUCAAUCAUCGUUCAGCCCUUAUCUCUCAUCAGAGAAUUCACACCGGAGAGCGACCUUACGAAUGCUGUGAGUGCAGGAUAAGCUUCACUCAGAGAUCAGCCCUUCUCUCUCAUCACAGAAUCCACACAGGAGAGCGACCCUACACAUGCUCUGAGUGUGGGAAAAGCUUUACCCGCAGCUCAAACCUUACUACGCAUCAGAGGAUCCACACAGGAGAGAGACCCUAUGAAUGCAGUGAGUGCGGGAAAAGUUUCACUGACAUCUCCUCCCUUAUCUCUCAUCAGAGAAUCCACACGGGAGAGAAACCCUAUGAAUGUUGUGAGUGUGGGAAAAGCUUCUCUCAGAGCUCAACCCUUAUUACACAUCACAGAAUCCACACAGGACACAGACCCUAUGAAUGCUGCGAGUGUGGGAAAAGCUUCUCUCAGAGCUCAGGCCUUAUUUGCCACAGGAGAAUCCACAUGGGAAAGAAACCCUAUAAAUGCCAUGAGUGUGGGAAAAGCUUCUCUAGCAGCUCAGCCCUUUCUCAACAUCAGAGAAUCCACACAGGGGAGAGGCCCUAUGAAUGCCGUGACUGUGGGAAAACCUUCACUUACAAAUCAAGUCUUGUUGAUCAUAAGAGAAUCCACACUGGGGAGAGGCCCUAUGAAUGCCGUGAGUGUGGGGAAAACUUCACUCGCAGAUCAGGCCUUUUUCUCCAUCAGAGAAUCCACACAGGGAAGAGGCCCUAUGAAUGCCGUGAGUGUGGGGAAAGCUUCAUUGAAAGAUCAGCCUUUUAUCAACAUCAGAGAAUCCACACAGGGAAGAGGCCCUAUGAAUGCCGUGAGUGUGGGAAAACCUUCACUUACAAAUCAAACCUUGUUCAUCAUGAGAGAAUCCACACAGGGGAGAGGCCCUAUGAAUGCCGUGAGUGUGGGAAAACCUUCACUUACAAAUCAAACCUUGUUCAUCAUGAGAGAAUCCACACAGGGGAGAGGCCCUAUGAAUGCAGUGAGUGUGGGAUAAGCUUCAGUCACAGAUCAGGCCUUUCUAAACAUCAGAGAAUCCACACAGGGAAGAGGCCCUAUGAAUGCCGUGAGUGUGGGAAAACCUUCACUUACAAAUCAAACCUUGUUCAUCAUGAGAGAAUCCACACAGGGGAGAGGCCUUAUAAAUGCAAUGAGUGUGGGAAAAGCUUCACUAGCAGCUUAGUCCUUUCUAAACAUCAGAGAAUCCACACAGGGAAGAGGCCCUAUGAAUGCCGUGAGUGUGGGAAAAGCUUUAUUACCAGCUCAGCCCUUUCUCAACAUCAGAGAAUCCACACAGGGGAGAGGCCCUAUGAAUGCCGUGAAUGUGGGAAAAGCUUUAUUACCAGCUCAGCCCUUACUCAACAUCAGAGAAUCCACACAGGGGAGAGGCCCUAUGAAUGCCGUGAGUGUGGGAAAAGCUUUAUUACCAACUCAGCCCUUUCUGAACAUCAGAGAAUCCACACAGGGGAGAGGCCCUUUGAAUGCAGUGAGUGUGGGAAAACCUUCACUUACAAAUCAAAUCUUCUUGUUCAUAAGCGAAUCCACACAGGCGAGAGGCCCUAUGGAUGCCGUGAGUGUGGGAAAAGCUUCACUCACAGCUCAGCCCUUUCUAAACAUCAGAGAAUCCACACAGGGGAGAGGCCCUAUGAAUGCCGUGAGUGUGGGAAAAGCUUCACUCACAGCUCUCACCUUACUGGACAUCAGAGAAUCCACACAGGAGAGAGGCCCUAUGUAUGCAGUGAGUGUGGGAAAACCUUCAAUCACAGCUCGCACCUUCUUACCCAUCUCAGAAUCCACACAGGGGAGAGGCCCUAUAAAUGCAGUGAUUGUGGGAAAAACUUCAUUCACCGCCAGCAGCUUAUUAGCCAUCAGAGAAUGCACACAGGUAUGAGACCCAAUGGAAGCAGUAAGUGUGGGAAAACCUUGUCUUGCCACUGAGCCCAUGUGAGCCAUCAGAGAAUCUGCAAGGGGGAUCAACACCAUAAAAACCUCUAUGGCUAUCAAUACUGUAAUACUUUUCCUGAUUCCCACAUAGUAACUUUUAAAAGGUGUUUGAACUGUUUGAAGCACCGAUAUCCCUCAACUUGUCCAGAUGAGUGGCCCAGUUUUGCAUUUUACAGUUUGACCUCUUUGAGGUGGAUCCAUUUGUCCUUUCUAUCAACUCCGUUGUCCCAUGAGUAAUUCGAGUGUGCCCUUCCCAUAAGAAACAAGGAAGCAUCACAUUUAUACCAUUCUUCCUAUUGCAAAGUUAUUGUUAG